AUGGGAAAGAACAACAAGAGGAAGCGCACAGCCCAAGUCCAAUCUCAAUCCUCAAAGCUCCUCACUCCACCUAGCGAGUCACCCUCGGCCUCUGCGUCAUUGCUCGAUUCAGAGGACUUGGAGUGUACGAUAAACGUAUUGGAGACAUUAUGCGACUUCCCAGAGGAACUGGCUGGAAAGGAGAUGAAGGGACUGAAGAGGAAGGUACAUGAACUGUAUAGGAUUAUGGCGGAGGGAAGUGGACUGGGCACCUCACUCACCUCCAAGAUAUCAACAGCACUAUCAGACUACCGCUUCACCGACGCCCUCAUAUACCUAUUCGAGAUGUACACCCGUAAACUCACACCGAAGCUAGGUGCAUUACAAAGAUGGGUGAGGGAAUGCGAUGCGACGAGUAACGAAGAUGGUAGUCCAGGUGAUCCGGAGGCAUUGAAAUGUUUGGAUAUGAUAUUGAGGAUUGCCAACAUGUCUCAUCCUACUCAUGUACCGACCGAUCAGAAAGUGUUAGGCACGGAAGGAUCGAUGAGGCAGAAAGGGAGUGAUAAUAUGGUAGAUGGGAUGGAUAUGGGUGGGAUCAUACAGGGAAAACAAAUCUUCAAAGCUAGAGAGGAUAAUGAGGAGAUAAAGAUUUGGGGUUUGAUCAAGGAGGGGAAACUGUUUGAUACACCCCCUCCAACCCCUUAUCCCAACUUCCGACCAGUCCACUACGUAAAAGCUGACGAUCGUAAACCUCCCAACCUGUACGACUCGACCGUCUAUGGUUCCAGCCCCGGAGCGAUCGCUCUGGCACCUCCAAGCGAAAGAAAACCACCUACCAAGGUUGAUGUUCCUGACGUUCCUGGUGCUUUCGUAGUACUUGAUGUAUUUACACCGGAAGAAUGCUUACAGAUAGUCAGAGCUGCUGAGGCGAUAGGGUGGGAGAAGGAUGAGGCGAAGAGCGGUUCGGCUAUCAAUAAGACUUCGAUACUAGCCAAGAAUUUUGUCUGGCUAUCUGACUCGUCAUUCCUUGACCACUUUUAUUCCUCUAUACUGCCCUUCGUUCCCGCAACAGCUCCGAUCAGUGUUGAUGGGAAUGGCGGAGGCAAAGUCAGAGGUAUCAACGCGAGGUUUAGGGUGUAUCAGUAUACGGAGAAUCAGUUGUAUAGGCCUCACAUAGAUGGUGCAUGGCCUGCAGCUGGCUUACAUCCCGAAACUGGCGAAUACCUGCAUGACUCCUCCCCACCAGAUGAUCCAUUAUGGUCCCGAUAUACGCUUUUAGUCUACCUAAAUGGUGAAGGCGAUAUACCGCAAGAUACGGGUUGUACAACCUUCUUCUUACCGUCCGAUAAGAUAGGAGUGAUGGAGGCUCACAGUGUUAGGCCUAUACAAGGUGCGGUGUUGUGUUUCCCUCAUGGAGAUACGACCGGUUCAUUGUUACAUGAAGGUUCAGCAGUAGGAAAAGGAGGUAUCAAAUAUGUCAUUAGGACUGAUCUGCUAUACGAAGCUAAAGGUUUUGGUCAGUACAAACCUCCUGCUAGUGUUGGAGUGAAACAGGGUGGUAAGGAGGAAGAAGGAUUAGGUGGAUGA